CCCCUGCAGCAAAUGGCUACGAAAAAUGACUCUUCAGUGAUGGAGUUCAUCCUGGUGGGACUUACAGAUCAGUCUCAGCUCCAGUUACCCCUUUUCUUUCUCUUCUUACUGAACUAUGUGGUCACUGUGGUAGGGAAUUUGAGCUUAAUUAAUCUAAUUUGCCUAAAUUCUCAUUUGCACACUCCCAUGUACUUUUUCAUCUUCAACUUAUCCUUCAUAGAUCUCUGCCACUCUUUGGUCAUUACACCUAAAAUGCUGAUGAACUUUGUGUCAGAGAAGAAUAUCAUCUCCUUUGCAGAAUGCAUGACUCAGCUGUUUUUUUUCUGUUUCUUUGUCCAUUCUGAGUGCUAUGUGUUGACAGCCAUGGCCUAUGAUCGCUAUGUGGCCAUCUGUAAACCCCUGCUGUACACGGUCACCAUGUCCCCUCAGGUCUGUUCUCUGCUGAUGUUUGGUUCUUAUGUGAUGGGGUUUGCUGGUGCUAUGGUCCACAUAGGGGACAUGGUCAGAUUGUCCUUUUGUGCUUCCAACAUCAUCAGCCAUUACAUGUGUGACAUCUUCCCCCUCCUCCAGCUCUCCUGCAGCAGCACCUAUGCCAGUGAGCUUGUGACUUCUGUUAUUGUGGGCGCAGUUGUCAUAAUAUCCAGCUUCAUUAUUUUCAUUUCUUAUGCUUUGAUCCUGUCCAGUGUCCUCCACGUCUCAUCAGCUCAAGGUUGGUCCAAAGCCUUCAGCACCUGUGGCUCCCACAUAGUAACUGUUGGUCUGUUCUAUGGAUCUGGGUUGUUCACACAUCUCAAGACCUCUUCUGAUGGUUCUAUUGGCCAGGGGAAGUUCUUCUCAGUCUUUUACACCAAUAUAGUACCCAUGUUGAACCCUCUCAUCUAUAGUCUAAGGAACAAGGAUGUCAAGUAUGCUCUGAAAAAAACCCUGAAGAGAAUUGCAAAUUAA